AUGGAUUCGAAUUUGAUGCCAUCGUCGUACCCGCACCAGUUACAUGUUCUCAGCGCCCCGCUAUCUGACGACGACGCGUUGCCAGCAAGUUGGAACCACAACAAGUCCACUUACACCAUCGACUGUGCUCUCUGGACUGCUUGCAAGGAGUCUCGCGCUGCUAUGCAUCGCCGGUACAAUAUCCACCAUUGGACCAAUCUUUGCGACCAUGCACGCCGACCACUCCUCGAUGACUCGAGCCAUCUUCGCAUUCGGCACCAGGACUACGAGGAUCUGCCAGCUACAUUUCCAGUCCGUGACAAGGACAACUGGCAAUACAUAACUGUGCUGCCGAGACGGGAUCUCAUCAUAGUACAGGUGCUGGACGUUGCUGACUUCACAAGCCUGGAACACCAUGACCUAUUUUCGUCGAUGCAUCACGGCUUCGUCAGCUUUGCGGACAUUGCGGUGGAAUUUGACCCGUCGUGGAGCUGCGAAGAGCUCCAUCAGUAUAACCACGAGUGGAUCAACGGCAGCCUCCGUUCCAACUGGGACGACUAUGACAGAGCGAGAUGGGCGACAUAUUACCAGCUGUUGCUGGCCAUGAAAGAGAUGCGGAAUACAAGGCUGUGGAUGAUGGACCGUCGUCUCGGCCUGGAGUCCAAGGCCCUUGACAGAUGGUCCACGAGGAGGAUUGCUCAGAAGGAAUGGGAGAGCUGUUUUGUUUUCCGCGGGGAGGGCUGCACAUACUACCAGAUGCCCGGGGGAUGGGAUUUCUGUCUUAACGAGACGGAUAAAGACGACGACGCAUGUUGUGACUUUGCCUCGCAGCUUGGAGCGGUGUGCAUGGAGCAACUCGAGAAGGACUUUGAUGAGGACGACCUGUACAACCAAUUCUAUCAGCCCUGGCGGGUAUUGGUAUGCGACAAAGUUUGA